GACUGAACUACCUCCCACAUUAAAAAAAAAAAACAAAACAACCUCUUAUUUUUACACUGAUUUCCCUAACUUGCCAGACUGGAGUCAAACUUCUCACCGUUCUGUCUCAUCGUGCUGACAAGUAGACAACACCACAGGUAUUGGUAGGAUGGAAGGCAACUUCUCAAUCCCUCUAAACAGAACUGAAGAGAUGUCUUAUGAAUCAGCUGGCUAUGCUGUGCUGCGGAUAUUCCCACUGGUGGUACUCGCCAUCACCUUUGUCCUUGGUGUGCUGGGCAAUGGGCUGGUGAUCUGGGUGGCUGGAUUCCGGAUGGCACACACAGUCACCACCAUCUGUUACCUGAACCUGGCCUUAGCCGACUUCUCCUUCACUGCCACCCUCCCUUUCCAAAUCGUCUCCAUGGCCAUGGGAGAAAAAUGGCCAUUUGGCUGGUUCCUUUGCAAGCUGAUUCAUAUCAUUGUGGACAUAAACCUGUUUGGAAGUGUCUUCCUGAUUGCCCUCAUUGCUCUGGACCGCUGUAUUUGUGUCUUGCAUCCAGUGUGGGCCCAGAACCACCGCACUGUGAGUCUGGCCAAGAAGGUGAUCCUUGGGCCCUGGGUUCUUGCACUAGUCCUUACCUUGCCGGUUUUCAUCUUCCUGACCACAGCUAGUGAUCCAAAUGGAAAUGUAUACUGCACCUUCUCCUUUGCAUCCUGGGGAGACACUGUUGAGAAGAGGUGGAAGGUGGCCAUCGCCAUGUUGACAGCUAGAGGGAUCAUCCGGUUCCUUAUUGGGUUCAGCAUGCCCAUGUCCAUGGUCGCCAUCUGCUAUGGGCUCAUUGCAGCCAAAAUUCACAGAAAAGGCAUGAUGAAUUCCAGCCGCCCCUUUCGGGUCCUCACUGCUGUGGUGGCUUCCUUCUUCAUCUGUUGGUUCCCCUUCCAGCUGGUUGCACUUCUAAGCACUAUCUGGCUCAAAGAGAUGCUGUUAGAGGGUAAAUACAAGAUCCUUGACAUCCUGGUCAAUCCAACAAGCUCCCUAGCCUUCUUCAACAGCUGCCUCAACCCAGUGCUGUAUGUGUUUGUGGGUCAGGACUUCCGACAGAGACUGAUCCACUCUCUGCCUGCCAGUCUGGAGAGGGCUCUGAGUGAGGACCCAGCCCAGCCCAGUGACACAGCCUCCAGUUCUGCUGCACCUAGUGCAGAGAGGGAGUUAACAACAAUGGGGGGAGGAGCUCAGCUUCAGCCCUAGUCCUACCCUGAAGCUUCCUUCAGCUUUAACUCGCCUUGAGUCUUAUGACUCAAUGGAAACAAUUUAUCUCACUUGAUUUGCUUAGAAUGACUGUGACUGUGGUUAUUCAAAUAUGAUUCUGUUGUUUUAUUUUCCUGUAGUGUCUUGGUUUACUACUAAAUUUAUAAUAGUCUUUUCAAAGGAAUGGGAACUCCUUGAAUCUAUCUUCCGGUAUUGUAUCUUUCUUAAAUGAUUAGGAAAAUUUACUGGUGAAGACAAUGGUAUCCUGAUUUCUUUCUCUGAGACGACUUUUAAUAAUAGGUUCAAUUCUUUAAUGGAGUGUUCAGGUUUAUUUUAUCCUUUUAAAUUAUUCUUUUAUAAUUUUUAAGGAUUUUAGUAAGCUCAUCCAAACCAUUAAACUUAUUUAUAUGAAAAAGAUAAUGAUGUACAGAGCUUCAUAUGGUUUCUUUCAGAUGAUGAAAUAUAAACUCUUUGUAGGUAGAGAUUUCAUUCAGUAUCAUUCACUGAUAGAUAUUCCUCCCCUCUGUGGGAAAUAGUGACUGCUAUGUAUGUUGACUUAAUGAAUCAAUGUGUUUACUGAAUUAAGGAAUCAGCAAACAAUUGUCUAAUUUAGGUAUCAAUGAUAAUCUCUCAUCUGUACUUAAACUGGUCUCCAACCCUUGUAACAUGAACAAGAUCAUGUCCAGUAAGCUCCUGUCCUGUGUACAGUAUUUAUAAACUCCCUUCUCAUGAACACCUGUGGUUUUGAGUUUCUGCUCCAAAUAAAAGACUCUGGCUAAGUGUU